AUGCAGCUCUUCCACCAUGGGCAAACGCUGCUCACAGUGUUAGAGAUUUUCCUCUGUUGUGGCACAAUUUUCGGCUGGCCAAACUUGAUCAAGAUCUAUAAAGAAGAAGGUUUCUACUGGACAGACUCUUCAACAGAGACUGGGAACAUUUCCGUCGCCAUCACAGAAGCGCCAGAAGAACAAGCCAAAGAAGAUGAGAAAAGCGCGCAAGAGAUUCAGGACGCCGCAUUUACCGCUAUUUUUACUCUUGCAAUGACGUUCUUCGCCGUUGCAGCAUUUCUUGCUGGCUUUCUGAUGGACAGCUUUGGAUCGAUGAAAACUCGACUUGUCGGGCUUGUUCUUUUCCUUGCUGGGUCGCCCCUUCGUGCCGAUUAUAAAACUGUCCCUGCUUACAAAUCGCUCUGCUCAACGCCUGAAUCUGGAACUGACGAAAACAAGAACAACGUAGAACUGGAUGGCGUAGAAAAGAACCCCCACUCCGAAGAGAAAAAGAACGGAGCUGAGGAAAAUGAGAAGGAAGUCCCAGCAUUUUUCAGCUCUGAAGUUGCUCUCUCCCCGCUCUUUAUUUCAACGAUGUUGUUUUUCAUCAUUCAAGUGACGCGAGUCUGGGGUGCGAAACGGGACCGGGGCAACGGGACAACUGCCCCGUCCCGUGCCCCCUUUUGCCCCGUUUCGGGACCGGGACGGGACGGGGCACCAGCAUACUUUGCCCCGUUCUGUCCCGUAACACGGGGGCAAAAUGGGACGGGGCACCGAUACUCCCUGCCCCGUUUCGCACCCCAGACGCGAGUGUAUUUUUAUCUCGGCGCCAUCGCUCCUGGAACGCAAGAGCUUGUUCAACUCGAUCAAAACUGUACCCAGGAAGAAGCAGGAUCGAUUACCGGAACGAUGAUGACGAACUUUGCUAUUUUUCAAUUCGGUGGUGCUGGAUAUGCUUUUUUGACCGGCAUGGUUGUUGAUUCAACUCUCGCCAAAACUGGCGACAAAAAUAAAGCUCUCGCCACUGGAGUCUUUUUGACAACGAUUUUCGGAAUUUCUUUUACCGCUCUGACACUCAUCGCAAACACAACUUUACAGUACGCCUCUUUCUUCUUAUCUGUUCUUCACAAAUCCUUUACUUACGGCAUUAAUGCUACUGUCAUCGGCCUUUCAUUCCCGAACGAGCACUUUGGAAAGCUUUACGGAACGACCCAGAUCUUCACGAUUAUUUCUGCUCAGGCAACCGACUGGCUCUUCUCAUACGCCAACGCAAACAGCUUCGUCAAAGCAAACCGAAUUCUUUUGUAUUUAGAAAUUUUCUCGCUCUUCCAUUUCUGCUUAUUUCUGUACCUCAUCCGAAAGAAUCCUUCUUAA